UGCCAGGUAACUCUUGUAUUUGUUAUAACACUCGUAUAAAAUAUUUAGGUCUCCUGGAACUGUUAUAACUUGGAUUUAUUUCCAAUACAUGAAUGAUCAAUAAAUAAAUGCAACAUGAUCAUGGUAAGCAAAAGCUGUGGUGAUGGCGGGGCAACAGUGGAUAACAGUUCAACCAACUUGAUGCUUGAUGCUAACCCUUUUGGUGGAGAACUUAAUGAACAAGAACUUGGCAGUCUUGUAGAGCUUGACUACCACACAACCAGCAGCAGCAACUCUUCUGUCUUACUGCCUCAGGAUCAGUUUGCGUCUGUUACUGGUCAGCUGCUGGACGAUUCAGUGGAUGGAAGCAGCUCCCUCACGCGGCCCAUGAUGCCCCUGCAACACCCCAGUGAAGGUGACAUGGAGUCAAUGUUCAGCACAAUAGAAGACCAAGAAGCUUUGUGUCACAGUUCCCCUCCCUCUGCCUCCUUGUCAUUCACAAGUGAACAACCAUCUCUCAUAUUCACAUUGGCCAGCACUGCUCCUUCAUUCACCUCGUGUUCAUCUCCCAACAACAUAACCCACACAACUAAUUACAUCUCAAGUCCUACUGCACCUCAGUCUUCUCCUUUACCAAAAACAAAUUCAUCCUCUGUGAACGUGACAAGUUACUUCCAUGACAGUCUGGAAGAUGAUGAGAGCAGCAUUGGUGACAUUUCUUCUUACUCUGAUGUUAUGACGGAGCCACAGAAACAACCACACAUCAUUCCUGCCACAGAUGGCGGCGGCAGCAGUUUUCAGCUAGUAGGCCUGGCAAACGCUAGUGUGGACAAUAGUUGCCUUGACUCACUGGGCGUUACUACCAUGAUGGUGGACGAGCAGCCUCUGACUGGCUCCUCGCUGCCCCCCAGCUUGGGGUUUGGGGACCAUGCAGGUGUCAAGCCUCAAGAGGGAGCAGCAGCAGGAGUUGCAUUGAAAUCCAUUGAUUUAUCUAAUUUCCAAUUAGUGCGGACGAGCACCGGACCAAUCCUGGUCAAGCAAAUGCAGAACAGCAAUAAGGUGAUAUCUAAAGUGGUGAUCAACAACACAAGCAGCAGCAGCACGCACCAGCAAAUACGCUUGUUGCCAGCCACCAGCAGCACACGCACCAUUAUUUUAAGUGGCACCGGCGCUGGCGGCAGCUCAGCCAGAACAACGAUGGCGGCGGUGGCCAGCAAGGACACAUUGGGACCACCGCCACCCAGCACCACCAAGCUCACGCUGCAGCAGGCCCAGAAACUCGGCCUCAUCUCCCCCUCAAAACUUGUACAGCAGUCGCCUACCAAGAUCGUCAUGAAACAAGUUGGAGGCAGCAGCAACAAUAUAAGCAGCAGCCGCAUUGUCCUGGCUCCUGGUGGGGGCUCCACUCCCCACCCCCUCCUCCUCAAGUCCACCCCCAAGAUUUCCCCAGCUCAGCCCCAAGUAUCGAGAGACUGUGGGACAGUUAAAAUUUUGCCUCCACCUAAACCCGGCGCGCAAGUGCAGAAAAUUUUUAUCCGUAAUCCCAGUGAAGCUGGCGAUGGCAGAGCAUUGCAGCAGCCCAUCAUACGCGUCGCUUCCAGUGCUGUUGUUUCUGCACCCAGUAUUGUCCUUAAUAACAACAACAAUAAAGAUAGUGCUAAGACUGUGGGCAUACGAUUAAUGAGUCCCAUUAGCAGCCACAAGCCCAUUGCUCCCGUCCCUUCUCAACAAAUAAAAAUACGACCAAUCUCCAUUGCACCUAAUAAUCAGAUUAUCAAUAAACCGCAACAACAGCAGCAGUGCGUCAUCAUUCCUGUGUCCGGGCAGAAGCAAAACGUCGUAAUGAUUCCCCUUCAAUAUCUCAGUCAGUUGCAGAGCAGCGCGCCGGCACCCAGCUCUGCCCCAAUUAUUGUCAACACGAGCGCCCCCUCCGUUGCUCCUCCCACGCCCUCCCCCUCCACCGCCCCCCAGUCCAAGCCCCCACCCCCUCCCAAGACGCUCAUAGAUGCUAACGGCAUCAAGAGUCGUAAACCCUGCAACUGCAACAAAAGCCAGUGUCUUAAGCUAUACUGUGAUUGUUUCGCCAAUGGGGAGUUUUGCAAUAACUGCAACUGCAGUAACUGCUACAAUAAUCUAAACCACGAGGAGGAAAGACAAAAAGCCAUAAAGUUGUGCCUUGACCGCAACCCGAGCGCCUUCAAACCCAAGAUCGGCAAAGGAGGAACCAGCACAGAGCGUCGGCAUAACAAAGGCUGUAACUGCAAGCGAUCAGGCUGCCUCAAGAAUUACUGCGAGUGCUACGAGGCAAAAAUCCCAUGCUCGAACAUGUGCAAAUGUUAUGGCUGCAAGAAUGUGGACAACGCGACGCUGCUGGAACGACGGAAGCUGAUGCAGCUUCCCCCAGACCCUUCCACCAUCAUGUCGAGCGCUGCUCCUGCGCACUCCUUAACGUCCAGCAUAAUGGACUCACUUGGCAGCAUCGGCAGCACAAGUAGCCUCAUUAGUUCGUGCAGCACUCAUGCUGAACCUGAGAGCACCGGUUCCUCGGGGUUCUCGAGUGGUGGCAGUUUCAGCAGCACCAACAGCGGAAGUUUCUCCCGCAACAACAGCACCAGUAGCAAUAAUCAUGGCGGCAGUAACGCCUUGAAAAACUUCCCUGUCACUGUGCCUUCAGCCUCACCCUCUAAAUUUGGUGCUCUUAAGGGUGUGGGAAGCAGCAGAGGGCCGUCUCCACCGUGUGGGGCCGUGAGCUACCGUAUCAGCCAAGAAGUUGUGAGCGCCACAUGUGGCUGUAUUCUCGCCACAGCCGCACGCUCCCAGAAACAGGGUCUUGAGAGACGUCAAACAGAAGCUGCCAUCAUAAAGGAGUUUCACAAUUGCAUACAACACAUCAUACAGGGAUGUAUGACGUCACAGGCCAGAGCUAAAGGUAACUGAAGGCGCCGUAUCCUGAUGCAUCCGGCAAUCCGGUUACGGUCAAAUCCUGAGAUACGUCUUUGCUCCCUCAAAUUUUGCUGCCUCUUCAGACUUCGACUUCUUUUAAUUCUCGUAUAAUUUUACUUAUGUUUUCUAUUCAGAGUCUUAAUAAUUAUUUGUCGAACGUUCGUAUUGGGCUCGUCUGUUAGCAUAAUUUACAGUGAAGUGGACGUGAUUUUGUAAUACUACCACUUCCAUGCUUACCUCCAUUAUCAAGCACCGCUCCUUCUAUGCUAGUGAAUGAUUUUAUGUCUUUGUUUUUGUUAUAUAAUCUGAUGCUUUAUUUAUAAUUUUAAGGUUACGUUCAUUGUUGUGAUCGAGAAACGUUUUAUUUUUCUUUGGUUUCAUUUAGGCAUGUAUGAUGAGGUCGUUCAUACAAGUCGUGUUGUGUUCAGGGCUUUAGAAAAUUUACUCUUGAUUUAUUCUCAAAUGGGAUGAGUCACAAAGUCUUCUUGUUUGGCCAAAUCUUAACUCAAAAUUUGCAUUCAAUUGUUGAUUUGCAUUGUGGAAUGAAAUUGUUAAGAGAUUUUAUGUUAUUUGAAUACUAGAUAAUUUUAGCCUUAUCCAUCCGGUAUUAUUUGCUGUGAAUUUGAAUGUCGCAAUCUCAGUAAAGGAGGGUUUUUGAGACGAUACACACUGGCUGACCAUCGAUGAUAUUCGAAUUUCAUCAGGGCAAAUUAUAAAAUUUAUUUCAA